AUCCGCGAAUUACGUUGUCAGCACUUUCUGAGCUCUCUCUCCUCGGACACCGCUAACCUCGCUACCGUGACCGUCGAUUCCUACUGGCGGCGAAAAGUUCAAGCCCAAAGCAAAGUAGGUGGCCACUUCGGGGGCUUGUCGAUCGACGGUUACUUCUUCGAAAACCUUGACUGUGCCUCCACCGCAGACGGCGGCGAGUCUGAGACAUUUGGUGCCAAGGCAGCGGCGGAGAAGAGAGUGAUCCUACCGUUCCCCAACAGAGAUUUUCUAGGUUAACAAACAGAAUGGCUUGCGUUUCACACUACAUUGGAGGAGCUUCAAUGAAGUUCCUGGAUUGUCAUCACCAUCGCUCAUCAAAGUUGUUUGGAGCCACUCAUCGUCACUGCUUCUUCGGCAAUCAAUCAGAUUUCUUCUUGAGGAAACUCAAUUCCAAAUCUCCGAAUUUUCGAGGUCCUUGUGAUUCUCGCCUUCCAAACAGGUUUCGAUCCUUCUCCACCGUGUUUAAUGCCGUUUCUUCGGAUAAUGACAUUUCUGAGGAGAGGGUUGUUGUAUUGGUCAUUGGUGGAGGGGGAAGGGAACAUGCACUUUGUUAUGCCUUGCAACGAUCUCCCUCCUGCGAUGCUGUCUUUUGUGCACCCGGCAAUGCUGGGAUUUCUAGUUCAGGGAAUGCCACUUGCAUUUCCGACCUUGAAAUCUUAGACAGUGCAGCUGUCAUAUCUUUCUGCAAUAAAUGGGGAGUGGGACUGGUUGUAGUUGGACCAGAAGCUCCUCUUGUUUCAGGUCUUGCAAACGAUUUAAUUAGGGCUGGAAUUCCUACCUUUGGCCCUUCAUCGGAGGCAGCUGCCUUGGAAGGUUCCAAGAACUUCAUGAAGAAUUUGUGUGACAAAUAUGGAAUUCCCACUGCUAAGUAUCAAACUUUUACAGAUCCCUUGGCUGCAAAAAAGUACAUAAAAGAGCAAGGGGCACCUAUUGUUAUCAAAGCAGAUGGAUUGGCUGCUGGAAAAGGAGUUACUGUUGCGAUGACACUGGAGGAGGCUUAUGAAGCUGUUGAUUUAAUGCUUGUAAAGGGUGUUUUUGGCUCUGCCGGUUGUCGUGUCAUUGUUGAGGAAUUUUUGGAAGGAGAAGAAGCAUCAUUCUUUGCUUUGGUGGAUGGAGAGAAUGCAAUACCUUUAGAAUCUGCUCAGGAUCAUAAACGCGUAGGUGAUGGUGAUACAGGGCCCAAUACUGGUGGAAUGGGGGCAUACUCUCCAGCACCUGUCUUAACUAAAGAACUUCAAUCUUUGGUCAUGAAAUCUAUAAUUUUCCCAACGGUAAAAGGGAUGUCGGAAGAGGGCUGCAAAUUUGUUGGGGUUUUGUAUGCUGGACUCAUGAUUGAGAAGAAGUCUGGAUUACCUAAGUUAAUUGAGUACAAUGUUCGGUUUGGAGACCCAGAAUGCCAGGCAUUGAUGGUUCGGUUGGAAUCUGAUCUGGCACAAGUUCUGCUUGCAGCAUGUAGGGGAGAGCUAACUGGGGUAUCUCUGAACUGGUCCCCUGAACCUUCAAUGGUGGUGGUCAUGGCAAGUAACGGCUACCCUGGGAGUUACGAAAAGGGAACUUUGAUUCGAAACCUUGAAGAAGCAGAGCAUGCCAUUCCAUCAGUUAAGAUAUUCCAUGCUGGAACAGCACUCGACUCCAAUGGCAACUUGAUUGCUACUGGAGGGCGUGUACUUGGGGUCACUGCCAAGGGACGAGAUCUUGAAGAGGCACGGGAAAGAGCUUACCGAGCUAUCGAUGAAAUCAACUGGCCAGGAGGGUUCUACCGGCGAGACAUUGGUUGGAGAGCACUUCCUCAGAAACAAUUUUCCACAAAAGGGUGAAAUCCUUUCUACAAAGGUGUGAGUUAUUUUAGAUGGUCGAGUAUCUUGUUAGUCAUACCAGAGCUCCGAGAUUGAAUACUGCCUUCAUCCGGGUUAGGGGGUUCCGAGAAGGGAAGGCUAUCUCACUGUGUAGCAUAGUCCUUGGACCACAAAAAGGAAGUUUAUGGCAUAAAAUGAAUCAAGUUGGCUGGUCGUGAAACAUAAUGUCUUAUAUUAUGGAAUGCAUGAACAAUGGAUGUUACUGAAAUUUGGAUAGUUUAUGAUAAAAGAAGGUUUUAGUGAUGAGUGGAAAAGGUUUCAAUGUUUGGCCAAAUCAAUUUCCCCAUCUUAGAAGCCUUUUAUUUUAAUUCAAUAAUAAUUAAUAAGCAAACCUUUUACUUCUUAAUAAUACAUAUUUUUCUGGAA